UCCUACGACGAGGAGCACCACUGCAGCAGCACUUUUAACCCAGGAUACAGUCAAGCUGGGAUAGCAGGAGAAGCUAAGGGGAUUUGGAGCGGACCUGGGCCAGCCUCAGAACCUCCUAGAGAGCCUACAAGGAUCGGCCCCGAUUAUACUCCGUGGUUUUUUUUUGUUUUUGUUAUUGAUCAAGAUUUUUUAAUUUUUAUUUUAUUAAAUCUAUAGACAUAUAUUCUCCUGGGGGUUUUUUCCGUCCCCGUUUUUUUCCCCCUCUGCUCGACACGUUUGAAAUAAAAUGAUGCAAAGCUCAGCACUCACUACAGAAGGUUCUGUCAAGGCGCUUCCAGAAAUCCUUGGUGUGCCAAUGCAACAGAUCCCCCAGUGUGCCGGCUGCAACCAGCACAUCCUGGAUAAAUUCAUCUUGAAAGUCCUCGACCGCCACUGGCACGGUUCUUGCCUCAAGUGCGCAGAUUGCCAAAUGCAGCUGGCAGACCGCUGCUUCUCCAGAGCCGGGAGCGUCUAUUGCAAAGAAGACUUCUUCAAGCGUUUUGGUACGAAAUGUACAGCGUGCCAGCAGGGGAUUCCACCCACGCAGGUGGUCAGGAAAGCCCAGGACUUCGUCUAUCACCUGCACUGCUUUGCCUGCAUCAUCUGCAAUCGCCAACUGGCCACAGGUGAUGAGUUCUACCUCAUGGAAGACGGACGCCUGGUGUGCAAGGAAGACUAUGAGACGGCCAAGCAGAACGACGAUUCAGAAGCUGGAGCUAAGCGGCCUCGAACCACCAUCACAGCCAAACAGUUGGAAACAUUAAAAAAUGCCUAUAAAAACUCCCCCAAACCAGCGAGGCAUGUGCGGGAGCAGCUGUCUUCUGAAACUGGAUUGGACAUGCGGGUUGUACAGGUCUGGUUUCAAAACAGAAGAGCUAAAGAGAAACGUCUGAAGAAAGAUGCUGGGCGUCACCGCUGGGGCCAGUUCUACAAGAGCGUUAAGAGGAAUCGAGGAGGCAGCAAACAUGAAAAGGAGAGCUCUGCAGAGGACUGUGGGGUUAGUGAUAGUGAGCUGAGCUUCAGAGAAGACCAAAUCCUCUCGGAGCUUGGCCACAACAACAGAAUUUAUAACAAUGCUGGCGAGGUGGCUAGUGGACAGCUAAUGAACGGUACUUUCUCAAUGGAUGGGACUGGACAAUCGUAUCAGGACUUGAGGGAUGGAAGCCCCUACGGAAUCCCACAGUCUCCCGCUUCCAUAUCAUCCCUUCCAUCACACACUCCGUUGCUAAAUGGCCUGGAUUACACAAUGGACAAUAAUUUAGGAAUAAUGGCACAUGGAGGCCAGGGGGUGAGUCAGACACUCAGAGCUAUGGCUGGAGGCCCAACCUCUGAUAUUUCUACUGGAAGCAGUGUUGGUUAUCCAGACUUUCCAACAAGCCCUGCCUCUUGGCUUGAUGAAAUGGAUCAUCCUCCUUUUUAAAAUUUCGCGCUCCCUUCAAUUUUGCCAUAUCCCCACUUGCUCUCUGGGGCCUGAAAGCAUACUUAAAAAAAACAAAAAACCACCCGCUGAGGGACGGCAAUCAGACUUCAAGGAUCACAGGCGUGCCAUUCCGAGAACAUUUCCAUUAUUUUAGAAUGGGAAUCCACUAUUUGUUUCCUGUAGAGCUGAAAGAAAACAUGGUAUUAAGAUAUAUAUUUGCUUUCUGUCUGAAAGAGUGGGACAUAGGAGGCACUGCUCCUGAACAGAGCACAUUGGUGUGUAUAGUAUUUGUAUGACUUUAGGGGUGCCAGCUGUAGUAAAUAAGAGUUUACGGACUCUUUCCAUAGAGCUCUGCUGUUGAGUGCAACACUAGCACAUGUUGAAAUGACUAAACAUUUUGGCCUUUGGCAGCUUCACAUCAGCUCUCAUGUGGCACGGCCACUGUCCUUAUUUGCUCACCUCUAGUCAACCAAUGGAAAUGCAAUAUUGCUAAAUCCAGACUUGACUGCUGAAGGGAUGGAAAGUUAUUGGGAGAUUGCAAUUCCCCCCUUCCCUGCCCCUUCUGUAUUUUCUUCCUCCCCCAGUCCUGCAGCUUCACAUUUACUUGGCUGUUUCGGUAUAUCUUUGCCUUAUGCAGGAUAAAUGGUGGGGCAGCCACAGCUGGUUUUACUUCCU